AUGGGAGUUGACGUGAAUUCAAUUUUGCCAUUGAGAGUUUACAGCCAUAGAUCACCGGCAAUGUCGUUAAGAAUAAUUCCCUCAGACUCCAGGGAAUCUGAAGUCUCAUCCACCCACUUCAAUGAAGCAUCCAAGAAUGCUCCAUCAUUGUCAGAAACCUUACACACCCAAUCAGGACCAGUGAACAUAUCAUCCAAAAUCAACAACCUCCAUCCAUUGCAAUCACGAGUAAACAAUUGGGAGCAAACGCAACAAGACACGAGAUUUGAGACUUAUAGGCGUGUAUUUGGUGCCGGUGAGCCAAUCAAGAGAACGAUGGAAUUGUCAAUUGUUGAAAAUACUGAUUUUAAGCCUCAAGUUCUAGGAGGCAGUGAUCCAAUGCAUAAGGAUGUGUUGUUGGGCAAGGAUACCAGCUUGGAUUGGGAAGAUGUGUAUCCUAACGGGUUACACCAAAAUGGUAACAAUGUCAUGGAUAUGCACAGUGAGAUGGAAAAGAGAUUAGGUCUUUGA